CCGGUCUAAGUCUUGAUAAGGCCCAUUAUAAACGGUACACUAAAUUUCUGUGAGCUGGAGAGAGGGAAAAAAAACAUGAGAGAGGUUCGUUCAAUGGUUAGGGAGAUGACGACGAACAGUGAAGUUUCAGAAAACCUAACAUUUUAGGGAAACGAUUUGCUCGAUAAAUCGAAGAACAUAAGAGAGGUUCAAUGGUUAGUCUCCAUAAGUUUUAUAAGCGGUCGGGUCUCUAUUCUGAGUUGUCUAAUCCAGUUCGAGAGGAAGACCGAAUUAUCAGAGGGGAAGAUAGGAUAAGCUUAUUACCCGACCCGCUGCUGUGUCAUAUACUUAGCUUCCUCACGACUGACCGAGCUGUUUGGACAAGUGUUUUGUCCUCUAGAUGGAGACAUCUCUGGAAAUGGGUUCCUGCAUUAGCUAUAGACAGCAUCGAUUUCCAAACGACAAAGCGUGUGUGGAUUUCAUCGACAAGUUUCUGAACUUCCAGAGCAAAUCCUACCUGCGCGAAUUCAAGCUAAGCAUCGACCAAAAAGAGUCAAACUUUGCAAACGACGCUUCUCUCUAUGGGCCGUGCCUCGGCAAAAUGGAUAAGCGCAAGAUUCAACGUUUCCAAGUCGAGAGUCGGCUUCGAGAUUGGGGCGUUAAUGACAACGAGACACACUUAACCCUUUCUGUGUGUGAGGCGUUGGUAUGCUUGAAGCUCCAUCACGUAAGGCUGAAUGAAUUCGAGUCUCUUUCCUUACCUUGUCUCAAGAUCAUGUACUUGGAAGACGUUAUACUUCCCAGCGAUGCGGCUGCAGAGGCGCUGAUCGGGUGCUCGCCGGUUCUUGAAGAUUUAAAGAUAAGCCUCCAUAAAUAUGAUUUCGUUGUACAUCUACGCGUCUGCUCACAGUCGCUAAAGAGCUUCACUCUAAAGCGGGCAGAGCCCGUUUAUUCCAUAAGAUGCGGACACUCGGUUGUGAUGGAUACUCCGAGGCUCGAGUAUCUGAGCCUCAUAGAUUACCAGUUCAGAAGCUUCAAGAUAAUCAGUAUGGGUGACUCUGUCAAGGCUGAUAUUGAUGUCGACUUUGAGGUGAUCCUUGAUUACUUGUCGGAGAGAACUGUCUUCUAUAAUUUUCUCAGCAAUUUUUCACGUGUUGGAGACAUGACCAUCUCGUGGAGAACUCUUAAGUUAAUCUAUGGUUCCAGGGACAUGGACCCACUGCCCAUGUUUCAUGGCUUGACCCGUUUGCGUGCUGCUAUGUGCACAAACGCCUCUUAUGAACUGUUGCCAAUAGUUCUUGACAGCUGCCCCAACCUGAAACACUUGACCGUGGAAUUGAUUAGUGAUUAUCCAGUGGCAGUGAUACCUGAACGGUGGACUAUGCCGCUGGUGCCCUAUUGUUUGGGAUCGUCCCUCGAAUUUGUUGAAAUGGAAAGCUCUAUCACGGAGUUAGAAACUGAACUGGACUUGGUUAAUUUCUUUCUGACGGAAUCGUCAACGCUCAAGAAGCUCGUUCUACGUUUGAAUCAGUCUUCUGGAAAGACAUACGAGCCUGGUGUCUUGGAACAACUCACUGAAUCUCCGAGACUCUCCAGUUUGUGUCAGUUUGAAGUUCUUGAUGUGGUUCCAACUCCGAAUCCGUGGCCUGAAGGCGAUUACCAAUUUAAAAGCUUCGAGUUAGUCAGCACGAGUGAAUCACUCAAGGUUGAUAUUGACGUGGUGUUUGGUGCGACAGGUGGUGCUACUGGUGUGUUGAACUUGAAGGAGAGAGAGAACGUUUGUGAAUUUCUAAGCUUUGUUUCAAACGUCAGAGAUAUGACCAUCUCAAGCAAGAAUCUUGAGAGCAUCUAUCAUCAUUCGCGGGCAAUGAACCCACGAUUCAAAUUUCGUGUCUUGACUCGUUUGCGUGCUUCUAUGUCCUCAAACUCUUCUCCACAGAUGUUGCCUGUCAUUCUUGAGAUGUGCCCGAAUCUGAGACACCUCACCUUGGAAUUGGUUGGUGAUUCUGUGGUUACGGAGGGGGAAAGUGGACUUUUGAAUGUGCUACCUCACUGUCUGGUAUCGUCCCUUAUAUCUGUUGAUAUCAAAAGCCCCAUCACGGAUAAAGCAACCGAAGUGGAACUGGUUAGAUACUUGCUAGAGAACUCAACAACACUCCAGAAGCUUGUUCUGCGUUUGAACCAGUCUUGUCCGAAAAACGACACGCCGGGUUUCUUGAAACAGCUCUUUGAAUCUCCAAGACGCUCCAGUUUGUGUCAGAUUGUCAUUCUUUGA